AGUCUUUAAUUUAAAUAUUCAAAAACAAUAACAAUUUUCAAACGUGUAGCCUUGGUCUAUGAUAAAAACGGCAUUCCCUCACUAGUUGAGAGUGUCUAGUAGUGAUAACUUCCUCACGUGUUCCGUAGCCUGAUUUUCGAUUUGUUUGUUUUUCUUUCCUUAUAUCAACUAAUUGGCGGCCAUCGUGUGACUUCCAAUGACUUCGGCACGCGAUCAACAAUUCAUUUCAUUUUAUUUGAUUGCCUCAGUCUUUAUCCAGCUGUAGACGCGCUCAGUUUGAGGUGAAGGCAACGCGACAAGUUCUCAAAAGCAGAAAAAUAAAAGUUAACGCAGAAUGCCGCUCAAAAACUUGGACCGGUUGUUGCCAGGCCUAAGGUGGCUGCAUGGCUAUUCGGCGCAGGAUGCAGUGGCUGAUCUGAUAGCAGGCAUUACAGUUGGACUUACAGUGCUGCCACAGGGUCUGGCAUAUGCAACACUUGCCGGCUUGGAGCCACAAUAUGGUUUAUAUUCAGCUUUUGUGGGCGGCAUCGUGUACGCACUGCUCGGCAGCUGUCGACAGGUGACAAUUGGACCAACUGCCUUGUUGGCUCUGAUGACUAGUCGACACACAGGCCUUGGAUUGGACUCGGGUCCAGCCUACGGCAUACUGUUGUGCUUAAUCUCUGGCAUAAUAGAGCUGGCAAUGGCUGUGCUAAAGCUCGGCGCACUGGUGGACCUUAUAUCGCUGCCAGUCACAGUUGGCUUUACAUCCGCGACGGCUGUCAUUAUAGGCACAUCGCAGCUAAAGGGACUGCUGGGUCUGCGCGGUGGCAGUGGCUCGGAUUUCAUCAACACCAUGCGCUCCGUCUGGACGAAUCUGCAGCAUGUGCGCCAUGGUGAUCUAACUUUGGGACUAGUUUCUAUUACUGUGCUGCUGCUGCUGCGCCGUCUAAAGAAUUCGAAGCUGACGCAGCGCGUAAACAAUUUGCGAGCCAAGCAGCUGCUGAGCGGCAGCAUUUGGGUCAUUGCCACUGGACGCAAUGCACUUGUGGUGCUCAUCUCCAGUAUCUUGGCCUACAGUCAAUGCAAAACCAAGGACAGUUGUCCCUUUAUACUAACAGGCCGUGUUAAAAGCGGUUUGCCAAGCAUAGCGCUGCCCAAAUUUGAAACCUCAAUCCUCGGCAAGAACGGGACGGCUGUGACUCAGAACUUUGAGCAAAUGCUCACGGAACUGGGUCCGUCCAUGCUCAUAUUGCCCAUCAUUGCAGUGCUGGGUAAUGUAGCCAUCUCGAAGGCCUUUGGCGGUACAGGGCUGAGCCCCACACGAGAGCUGGUUGCACUUUCGAUGAGCAACAUCUGUGGCGCCUUCUGCAGCUCCAUACCUGUCACGGGUUCGUUUUCACGUAGCGCUGUAAAUCAUGCGAGCGGCGUGCGCACGCCCAUUGGCGGUUGCUAUACCAGUGUGCUGGUCCUGCUGGCGCUGGGACUGCUUGCGCCUUACUUUCAGUAUAUACCCAAGGCGGCGUUAAGCGCUGUCAUUAUCUCGGCUGUGAUAUUUAUGAUUGAAUUUGAAGUCAUAAAGCCACUGUGGCGUUGCAGUCGCCGGGAGCUGCUGCCAGGCGCUAUAACAUUUGUCCUAAGCUUGGCCGUAGGCGUGGAGAUUGGAUUGCUGCUGGGCGUCGGUGCUGAUGUUUCGUUUCUUGUUUAUCGCGCUGCUCGCCCUGUGCUGAAUGUAUCCAAACUGCAAACAAUUAAUGGACUGAGCUAUAUUUUGGUGCGACCCAAGCACAGUUCACUGUACUUUCCCGCUAUAGAGUGGGUGCGCUCUGGCAUCUCAAAGGCGCUCGCUACGCAUGGCACGGCGCCUAUUGUGCUGGACUGUGCUCAAGUGCAUGAUUUUGAUUUUACUGCUGCUCGCGGCAUGGGCUCACUUUAUAAGGAGCUGGCCAAAGCUAAUGUGCCUUUAUUUUUAAUGGACGCUCAUAAGGAUAUUACCGUAAUUUUAAAGGAAUCAACUGGAAUUGAUUUUCCCACAAUAGACUGUGUUGACGAUUUAGAAUUCAUACUGGAGCUAACGCCAGACUAUGAGUUGCACUUGCAGGUCACAGCGCCACUUGUUGAGUCAAGGAUACAGCAAAAGGAGCUGAGCACUGCUACUGAACUGAGCCAAUUGGCUGCAAAAAGUAUAUGAACAUAUCGUGAACGUCUAAAGUCUGCCAGACUAUAUGCUUUACACAAUUUUAUUUAGUUUAGUCUACUUUCAUUACUAUUACCUUAUUAUCUUAAGUACACGUACUUACUGCCUCUUUGUUAUGCUCGAAUGACUAUAAUUUUACAUAUAUAUGGGAUAUAGCUUUAUGUACCUUUCUAUUAAGUUUGUUAUUAAGUUGUCGCU